AUGAAGGCUUCGGGCACGCUUCGAGAGUACAAGGUGGUGGGGCGCUGCCUAGCCACCCCCAAGUGGCGCACACCACCCCUCUACCGCAUGCGCAUCUUUGCACCUCACCAUGCUGUUGCCAAGUCCCGCUUCCGGUACUUUGUGUCUCAACUGAAGAUGAUGAAGAAGUCUUCAGGGGAAAUCGUCUACUGUGGGCAGGUGAUCGAAAAAUCCCCCCUUCGGGUGAAGAACUUCUGCAUCUGGCUGCGCUAUGACUCGCGCAGUGGCACCCACAACAUGUACCGGGAGUAUCGGGACCUGACCACCGCGGGCGCCGUCACCCAGGGUUACCGAGACAUGGGCACCCGGCACCGUGCCCGCGCCCACUCGACCCAGAUCAUGAAGGUGGAAGAGACUGCAGACGGCGAGUGCCGCCGACAGGCAGUCAAGCGGUUCCCUGACUCCAAGAUCAAGUUCCCGCUGCCCCACCGGGUUCUUUGUCGCCAGCACAAGCCACGCUUCACCACCAAGAGGCCCAACACCUUCUUUUAG